CAAACGUCCUAUGGUAACAGAUCUUAUUACAUAUUGUCAUCAAUUAGAUUCACCCAUCAUUGAUCAUUUCCAUCCUCUUCUUUAUCAACGGUGUUUAUUAAGUGAUGCUACUUGGAUUUCUGCUGGUGUCAUUUGCCUUGUUUGGAUAUUCCUUUUUCUGGCCGCACUUCGUACUAACCCAAAUGAUGAUGAUGAUGGUGUAACCAAACAAUAUAUGCAUGCAAAGGAGCCUCAUUGGGGUCGUUACGUACCUGAACCUGUUGAUCAACCGCGUCAUUACAGCAACAAGAAUAAUCAUGGAGCAAUGUAUCGUCAAUCACAUAUUUCUGUUGAAAGUACAAGUACCGUCCAAAAACAACAACAACAGCAGCCAUCACCACUUGUCUAUGCACCUUCUUAUUCUCCAACAUCACCUGUACAUGCCAAUCAUAAUUAUCAACAUCAACAAUAUCUUGACCCUUCUUACUAUUAUCCUCAACAUAGUCCUUUAGAAUCAGAAAAAAUCGAAUUCCAUAAUACACCCUAUCAAUAUGAUACUCCAAGUCAUCAUCCUAUGAAUCUCCAUCAUCAAUAAUCCUCCUAUACUAUAUUCUUUUUUUUUUU